GUUGCAUUUCCAAUCAGAAAUAAGGGCAAGAUAUUGCUCACAAGUCGUAACAAAGAUGUAGCAAUGCGCAUUGGUCCAAAUGGUUUCCACCACGAAUCAAGACUGUUAACCGAUGCUGAAAGCUGGGAGCUGCUCCAAAGAAAGGCAUUGAGAGACAGACCUAUCCAAGGAGAUGGAGAUGUUCACGACUUUGAAGUGUUAGGCCAACAAAUGGUUAAAUUUUGCGGAGGUCUUCCUUUAGCUGUGGUCGUUCUAGGAGGAAUUCUUGCAACAAAACACAGCUUCAAUGAGUGGAAUGUAGUUUACAGAAAUAUCAAGUCCUUCCUAGCAAAAGGAGAAAGCAUCGAACAUCAAGGAAAAGUGCACAAGAUUUUGGGUCUAAGUUACGAUAACUUGCCAUACAAAUUAAAGCCUUGUUUCCUUUACUUAAGUGCAUUCUAUGAAGAUGAAGAAGUGCCCAUAGAGAGGUUAUAUCAGUUGUGGAUGGCUGAAGGGAUGGUCUCUGCAGAAGACCAAAUGGGGGAGGAAUCAAUGAUGGACAUUGCUGAAAGCUACUUGGGAGAGUUGGCCAAACGAUGUAUAGUCCAGGUUCAACAGGUGACGGUAGCAGAUGGGGAGACACUGCGAAGCCCUAGAAAGUUUUGGUCAUGUCACCUUCAUGACCUCAUGAGAGACUUCUGCAUAGCAAAGGCAAGAGAAGAAAAUUUUUUGAAGGUCUUUGGUUAUCAACAUGGGAAUGAAGUCGAGUUGGCCGGCUCCACUUCAUCAUCAACCGGUAACAUUCACAGACACGUGAUUUAUUUGGGUGACCAGGAUGCUUCCAAGUAUGCUCAGGAAGGGGAAACAACGAAGCAUCUUCGAACGCUUCUGUUUUGUGCCACGAAACAUGGAAGUAUGACAGCACAAUUGGCAGAGUCCCAAAUGAAUAUGUUCAAGAUGCUAAGAUCUUUGACAAUUCAAGGCGUCAACAGUCCAGGCCUAGAAAACAGUAAAAAUAGUCCCAAGUUACCGAUAGGUCAUCUCAUUCACUUGAGAUACCUGAGUUUGAGAAGUUCCAAAUUUGUCAUGUCGCCCUCGUCCAUAAGCCGCCUGGAACACUUGGAAACUCUUGAUUUAUCUAAUGCCAAAAUAGUAUGGACGAGAAAUGUGCCAUUAAGGAUGCUGCGACUGAGGUACCUAUAUCUUCCUCAUGAUAUCUCUGUGCAAAUAUAUGCCUCAAGUAACCUUGAAAUCUUAGAAGGCGCCAACCUUGGAAAAGUUGUAAUAAAUUUCUCUGAGUCUAUUAAUCUUCAGGAGCUACGUGAAUAUAGGGGAGAAUUGGAAGGUAUAGAAGAAAUCAUCAACUGCGUAUCACAUUCACACAAGCUAAAUCAUGCAAGUAUCUGGACUCCAGUUAUCCCUAAAUUUUUCGGCCUAGAAAAGGGAUUAGCACUUCUGAGGCAAUUGUUCCGCAGCAAUCUCCAAUGUCUACGGCUAGAAGGACCUUUAGGAAAGUUACCUGAGUAUGAAUCCAACUUCUUCGGAAACCUAUUGGAACUGCAGUUAAGAGAAUCCAGGCUUGAAGAAGAUCCCAUGGCGAUACUGGAGAAACUCCCAAACUUAAAAACACUCAAGUUCUGCAACCAUUCCUUUAAUGGAAAAGAAAUGACUUGCCAUUCGAGGGGAUUUCCUCAGCUCAGGUUUCUUCUGCUCCAUCAUUUGCAUCAGUUAGAGAAGUGGACGGUGGAGGAAGGAGGCAUGGCUAAUCUUUCUUGUCUCUAUAUUUGCGACUGUGAACGCUUACCAAUGAUUCCAGAGGGAUUGAGGUUUAUUAAACCACUCAAAGAAUUGGUGAUUCAAGGAAUGCCUGGUGAAUUUCUGAACAGGGUUCGAUUGGUGGAUGGUCAGAAAGGAGAGGAUUUUGACAAAAUUUGCCACAUUCCUUCAAUAAGGAUCGAUGAGCCUCCACUUCUUGAAGCAACAUUCCUCGUUCUCCCGGUCGUAAUGCUGUUUGCCUUUCAUUCUGUGAUGUAAUAUUUUUGCGUGCUCUUCUAGCUUUGAUUGUUCUCAUUUAUCUCUAUUUCAGCUUAUUUUCAGGCUAGUACCAGGGCCUUCUACUGAGGGGACAGUGUUCUGCUUAAUUAUGUAUUGCUGCAUAGAUUUA